UCAUUUUCCUCCCUCUGCUUUCCCUCCACUCAACCACUUCAUCUGCCCUUUUUUUCUCCCCCUUUUAAACUUUUCUUUUUAGAUAUCAAGAAAUAAAGUUAUGGCAGAACAAGAAACAGCGCUAAGCGACAAGCAAAAGAAAGAGAUCGCCAAAUGGUUCCUCCUCAACGCCCCGGCUGGCGAAAUCCAAUACGUCGCCAAAGAUCUAAAAUCGGUUUUGAAGGAUGACGGUGUGUACGAUGAAGCGGCAUCGGAGGCAUUUCCUGUUUACAACAAAUCUCACAUGAUUUGCCUCGAAAUGCCUGGUAGAUUUGGCGAUGUUCUGGUUACACAGUAUGGGGAGCUUGGGGAUAAUGAGUAUCUAGACCCCAAGACUACCCAAGUUGCCAUUGUUGAUCAUGUCAAACAGGUUUGUAAAGAGGUUAGACCUGCCACCGACGAGGAGCUUCCCUCUCCAUAUAUUGAGGAAUACCGAUGUGCUCUGGAAGCAGAAAUGCUGAAGUAUGUUGGCGAAGCUUAUCCAAAAGGUUCAUUUUCAGUUUACUGUGUUAAUGGAAAAGAUGUGGAGGGACCUGGAUCUGAUUUUGAGCUUGUUGUAGUGAUUUCUGCCGCUAGACUCAGCCCACAAAAUUUCUGUAAUGGAAGUUGGCGGUCAAUAUGGAACAUUGAAUUCAGAGAUGAUGUUCAAGUUCUGGAAUUAAAAGGCAAAUUUCAGGUGGGUGCACACUAUUUUGAAGAGGGAAAUGUGCAAUUAGAUGCAAAACAUGAAUGUAGAGAUUCUACAAUGUUUCAGUCCCCUGAUGAUAGUGCAAUUGCCAUAGAAAGCGUAAUUCGCCACCACGAGACAGAGUACCUGGCAUCUCUUGAGGCAUCCUAUUUGAAUUUACCAGAUACCACUUUCAAGGAUCUUCGGAGGAAACUUCCAGUUACUCGGACCUUAUUUCCAUGGCAUGGCACUUCACAAUUCAGCCUGACAAGAGAGAUAGCAAAAGAACUCGGGAUCGGGAAGUAACUACUAUACCAUACCCCAAAGGCUCCAGUCAUUGGUCUGCUGCAUCUAUGUUUUCUUUCGGUUUUGAGACGAGUCUUUUACAACUUCUCUUCGCCUCCAAUCACCUUGAUUUACAGUUACCUGUUAUUUGGUGUGAUGUGUGCUAUAUAAUCGUUUAUUUACAGGCCAUGUCUAGCCAUUCUUGUUGUACGAUGCUUUGUUGUAUGUUUUGAGCCACUUAUGUGGAUGCGUAUUGACUGAGAUAUUGGUAAAUUUUCAAUGAACAAACCUUUUCCA